AUGCUGCCAACCAAGGCCAGUCUAGUGUGGCUAUGCGCUGCAGCCCAAGACGCAAUGCUAAACUUUCUGGACUGUGAUCUAUGCAAAUGCUCCGACAGAUUUUGGCCCAAUUGUACCAUGCAUUGUCAAGGCCUGGAUAUUAAUGCACCAGUUUCUCUAGACGCACUCGACAAGGUUCUAAAUGAAAUUGGUGAAGAAUGCCAAGUGUGGGCCGAUAUAACUCUACCGCAAACCCUCAAAGCUGAAGAGUGGUGCAUGUCAGAAAACGAUGAAAGACCUGGUUACAUUUUGAGCACGCCUCCGUCAUCAACUGAUGGCUACAACGUUGUCAGAGGGAGAAUGAAACAAGAAUAUGUCAUUUUCAAGGGCGGUGAUUUGGAAUGUUCCAAAUCUCAGGUCGAUAGCUACGCAACUUUCCAUACUGACAUCUCUCCAUCACCCAAUUAUUGCCCGAUGGCGGAUCUUCCGGCAAACCUUACUCUCCAGACCCUUCAAAUUGAUAAAGGAUCUGUCAUCAUACCAUUAACCAACGUUGGAACCCCCGUAGAGAGAAUGAACACGACGGAGUAUGGAUUCUACGAUUCUGAGGUUGAUCUGGACUCCUUCCAGCCAGUAACUCUGAGAUACUUCCGAAAUGGUCGGGGCGAGGGCUCCUGCUAUGGCGAUCCAGACUCUAUUGUAUUCGUCAGGGAAUUUGACGGAUUUUUCAAUGGCCGGCGAUACAGCAGUUUCCGCUUCCAUGAGAAUCCCGGCGUUUUGAAGAAGGCCGUUAAACACGCACCGCAGAUGUGGACUGGACGUGUUGGGCAAAGACCCAUGAACAACGCCAUCUGGGAUAAUGAAGACUUCAGAUAUGCGCCAGGCUUUGAUCACAUGGCCUGGUAG